AUGGAGCAGAACAACACAAAUACCAAUAACGAAGAAAAUAUAUCAGUGGUGCCACUUGUCACAAGUAAUUUCACUGAUUACUUUGAAGACAUCCUACAUAAUGAUGCAGCUUCUCUACUAUUUCAAUCAGAAGUUGACGAAAAAGAUAUCAAAAUAUUGUUGAAGCAAAUUAAGCUUUCCCUCAAAGACCAUAAUCUUUCUACUAGAAAUAAAGAACUAUUAUCGCAAUCAGGUCAAAUUAAAUGCAAUGAUAAGUCUUUCUCAGAAGAUUUUGAUGGUUUUGAACCCCCAGAAUUAAUUUAUAACGAACUUAGUAAGGUCGGAUAUACCUUUUAUAAUUCGGAUUCAAAAAAUAAGUGAAAAAUUGGCCAUGUAUUGACGAAAAUUGCAGCGGAAAAUGGUAAUGGAGAAGCCAUGCACAACUUAGGCAUUGAUUAUAUGCGUGGUCUUGGAUGUGAAAAGAAUCUAAAAUUAGCUUGCAAGUGGCUAUCUAAAUCAUCUGUCAAAGGAAUUGGCUUAUCAAAGUCAAAGCUGGAAGAAGCUUUAAGGAUGGCAAAAGCAGAAGAGGAAGAGAAAAAUUCGAAAUGCAUGAUAUUUUAA